AUGGCCGUCGCUCAGAUCUGGAGUUCUCAAGUUUCUACGUCCGACUGCCUUCACCUCGUGGGUGAAAUGGAGCGAAACGAAGUCAGAUUCUGGCCCUGUUUGAAACAGACGGACGAUGACGACGAGAACAAACACUUCAACGCGGUUGACUCGAAGAAUGCCAGACCCUGCCUUCCAAAUGUGACAAACGCUAUUGAUAGGUAA